AUAUGCUCUCCGUGCCCACAAGUUUCUAUCUAAUUCAAGUAUCGCAUCUACCACAUACACCACGGACAAUACGAAGCAGCACAUAAUCGUCUCCACCAAAGCUGCAUCCUUUGUAUUAAAAUUACAUUUCAAACCGCUUUACCAAAAUGCCUUCCUCCAUACCCUAUGACCCGUCGCUCGUGCUAGCCAACAUUGUUAGCAGUGAUGCUCUCAAGCUGGUUGAGCAGAUAGCAGCACUCCAGGCACCUGUUGAUGCAGCCCAGGAACAUCUCAACACUCUACUAUCAGCCAAGCGCAGUCUUCAGAUGACGAGGACUGAGCUUCUCAAUAUUGGCGUAAGGACGGAUAAGGUCAACAAGUCCAUCGAGGCUUUAGAUGGCAAGAUUGAAGAGGCCGCAUCAGACUAUGUUGAGGAGAAGAUCGAUGCAGAGGACAAGAUUCAGCCUCUACGAGCAACCAUCCGCAGCGUCCACGUUCAGAUGGAGAGCCCUGUGGACUACGUCAAAACACAAAUCAAAACCAUGCCUCUGGCUUCCGACUCCGUCAACAUGGAUGUGCAGUAUUUCUCCAACGAUACCAACAGGGAGGAAGCUUCCGCACAUGCUGGAAAUGUUGCAUCAUAUGUGUCAGCUACAAUGGGUGUUUUGGGAACCAAUGUGGCCGCUCAGAUGUCUCGCGCCGCUGCCAGUCAGGUCAGCGAUCAGGUCAAGAAGCACAGUAUCUCGGGUACUCUGGUCAUCUCGGUCACAUGUACCCACAAAAAUGCAGCAAUUCUUGCGCCGUUCGCGAUCAACGUCGACAAGGGCAUCAAGGUGUGGAAUCAUCUCUUUAAAGACGAUAAGAUCAUCCCUUCAAGCACGUCGAACAUGCUGCAAAUCGCUAAGGAAGAGGCUGAAGGGAAAAGUGAUAAGAAAUUUAGCAUCAUCUCCGGCAUGACAUUCGGAUCCAGCUUCGUGGGCAUGGUCCACAUCCUCAACAGCAGCUCUACGAGCGUCAGUGAGAAGAUGAGCACUAUUGUCUCAACUAUUCAGUCUCAAAUGGAUGUUGCCGCAAUGAUGGAACACAACUCCGGCGGGUUCGGUGUCAAUGAGUCCAUGGCUAAGAGCGUCAAGAAUCUUCUCAGCGCACAGGAUAUCAACUCUCAUGCCACGAUGAUCUGCAUGGGUGUGAUACCUUCGAUCGUGGCAAAUGACGUCCAAAUUGGCGUUGACAAGUUCGCUACUUUUGACCCCAAAUCAAGUCUGGAGGCGCUUUCUACUAUUCAGAAUGCCACUGUUGCUGACCAAGAGACGAUGAAGCAAUCUGCGGAUGCGGCGCGAACUGGCGCCCAGAUGAUUUCCAUGAAGAACGCAGAGAUGAAGGCUGCUCUAUCAGCACUGGCGGAGAUUGAUGAUGGCAAGAACAAGGUCAUUGACAUCAACUCGAUGAUGACGGCGCUCGAGGACUACUUCGCCAAGGCAGCAGAGGGAGCCUCAGGAGUUCCGAUCAACUAUUUCCUGAAGGAUAUCAGCAAAGGUAUGCUGGCAGAGGCGUGGGUGGCCAAAUACUAUCCUGGGAAGUAUAUGGCAGUUUCCUAUGAUGACGUAGGCCCUAGCAGCGCACCACAAGGUGCAAAUGGUACAAACGGUGGAAGCAGUGGUGAAGAGUCACAGUCUACAUCGUAGAUAAAUCAUUUACAAGGAGUGGCACUGUAGGGGAUUGUUUGAGUACUCGGAUGAUGGAUCAAAGUUAG